GGAGUGGUGAUCGUCUGAUAAGGAGACCCUGGGACAGAGACACACACAAUAAUACGCAGAUGUAGGCUCAAAAGACACGCGUUUCGCGUCCUGAAAUUCCGCUUCGAGGGCGAGCUCCACUCGCUUUCUUUUCUGAUAUUGUUUGUCCCUCGCGAGGCACCGUUGGGUCGCGCAGGAGGCGUGACUAGGGGCGGGAAGUGGGGCGGGAGCGGGGCCGCGGAGCCUGGGCUACCGCUGUCAUGGACGCCUGGGUCCGCUUCAGUGCUCAGAGCCAAGCCCGGGAGCGGCUAUGUAGGGCCGCCCAGUAUGCUUGCUCUCUUCUUGGCCAUGCGCUGCAAAGGCAUGGAGCCAGUCCUGAGUUACAGAAACAGAUUCGACAGCUGGAGGGCCACCUGAGCCUUGGAAGAAAGCUUCUACGCCUGGGUAACUCAGCAGAUGCCCUUGAGUCAGCCAAAAGAGCUGUUCACCUAUCAGAUGUUGUCCUGAGAUUCUGCAUCACUGUUAGUCACCUCAAUCGAGCCUUGUACUUUGCCUGUGACAAUGUCCUGUGGGCUGGAAAGUCUGGACUGGCUCCCCGUGUGGAUCAGGAGAAGUGGGCCCAGCGUUCAUUCAGGUACUAUUUGUUUUCCCUCAUCAUGAAUUUGAGCCGUGAUGCUUAUGAGAUUCGCCUACUGAUGGAGCAAGAGUCUUCAGCUUGUAGCCGGCGACUGAAAGGUUCCGGAGGAGGAGUCCCCGGAGGAAGUGAAACUGGGGGACUUGGGGGACCAGGGACUCCAGGAGGAGGUCUGCCCCAGCUGGCUCUGAAACUUCGGCUGCAAGUCCUGCUCCUGGCUCGAGUCCUUAGAGGUCAUCCCCCACUUCUGCUAGAUGUGGUCAGAAAUGCCUGUGAUCUCUUCAUUCCACUGGACAAACUAGGCCUCUGGCACUGUGGCCCUGGGAUUGUGGGGCUUUGUGGCCUCGUGUCCUCCAUCCUGUCUAUUCUCACCCUAAUCUAUCCCUGGCUACGACUCAAGCCCUGACCUUCUGGUACAGGAUAAGGAGGGGACCUGAAUUGGUGAGAUGGAAUCUUAGAUCGUCCCCCAUGUACCAGCCUCAUUCGAAUUCUACUCUUUGGUUAAAGUUAGAAAUUCAGAGAUUUAGGGGUGGAGGAAGAGCUUUGGGGAAGAUGAGGUAAGGAAAGGUGACUCGUGAAGUUAAUAGGAUGUCUCUAAUUUCUAGAUGUGCCUGAGCUUCUGUUCUUUUCCUCUGUCUUUGUCUGUGUCUCUUUUGAAUGUAUUUACUUUGUGUCUGUUAAGUCUAUUUAAGGUUCUGUGUCUAUGCAUCUCUCUCUCUCUUUCUUUUUUUAACCUUCUUAUUCUUCUAUCCAGGGAUUUAAUCAGCAGAAUUACUUUUUGGUAGGGGAGGUAUAAGGUUUGGUCUAUAAGGUUCUAACUGCCUUCUUUUUUCUCACAGAGGUGGCUUAUGGCAGAUUUUUCCUCCUUCAAACUCCAAACAUAAUUUUUAAUACUAUGUGCCAGUGGACUCUUCCCUCAUAUCUCUGUACCACAAGUGGUUGGAUGUUUCCUCUUCCUCCCUCAUGUCUACCUCACCAGCCUCGCUCAUGAUUUGGCCCUUAUCCUUCCUUGUACACAUACCUUCAGAUUUCUGCUUACACUUUGAUUUCAGAGCUUUAUUCCCUAGUCUGUUCCCUAGUGUAGCAUCUUGCUGUAAAUCUUGUACAAUGAUUCUGUGCAAAUAGCUGUGGCCUAUGCCAAUAAUGAAGAGCAAGCCUUUCAGGUAAGCAAAUUAAAGUUCAGUUUGCUCAUCAA